UUGAGCUCCACCAUCUCUGCCAUCAGUCGGUGUAGAAGCAGCAGCAGCAGCAUCAGUCGGAGCUUUCAGCCAUCUUACCACCUGGUUUUAAAACCUUUUACAUCUGAACCGGGUCCGACUUUAGUCCCGGGACCAGGUUGGGUGUGAAGGGACAGGUUGUAACCCGGGUUACUCCCUCCGUGCUGCACACGUGACCCGGUGAUGCCGACAGGUUGUGGACGUCAAACUGACAACAAACCGUGAAGCAUCAUGGGAGGUGGCAGAUGGAGGAGCCGGCUGUGGGCCGACCAGAGCCUGUGACACAAACACACACACACACAUACACACGCACAUACGCACGAUGGAACAAGGCUUCAGCUUAAAUGCGCUGAAAAAGCUGGCAGCAGAACCAGACUACACGGACGUGUCGCUGACGGCGGCCGAGCGCGUGCGGGCGCUGGGGAAGAUGGGAUGCAGCGUGGAGAUCAACGAGGACGUUGCACCGAGACGCUACUUCCGCUCCGGAGUGGAGAUGGAGCGCAUGGCGGCAGUUUACCUGGAGGAGGGCAGUCUGGAAAACGCCUACGUCCUUUACACCAAGUUCAUCACUCUGUUUGUAGAGAAGCUGCCGGGUCACAGAGACUACCAGCAGUGCAGCGUUCCAGAAAAACAGCUCAUCAUGAAGAAACUUCAGGAAGUGGCGUUUCCUCGUAAGGACGAAUUGAAGAAACGCCUUCAGGAGAAAUACAGCAGGGAACACACCGAGUACCUCAGAGCCCAGAGCCAGACGGUGGUGGUGGAUGGGUGUGGCCAGCAGCUGCAGCAACUCUCCCUAUUGGAUGAGGACAGGAGGCGGCUCCUGCUGUUGGAGGAGGAGAGGCAGCGUGUCGCCGCCCUGCGUCGCAUGCAGAUCGAAUCGGAACAAUUUCGGUACUUUGAGGACCAGCUGAGGCGUCAGGAACUGGCCAAUAGGAGAGGAGAGGAGGCGGAGCAAAAGGCGGGGACCAAAGUGCCUGAGGUGACGGAUGGCUCAUGUCUGUCUCAGCAGCGAAUCAGAGACAGGAACAGACAGCCGACUCCUGUCAGCCAACCAGCCGCCACGCUGGCUGGCGUACACACUCAGAGGGUGGAGGGUCUGAGGCAGGUGGUGAUUCCCAGAGAUCUGACGCAUCGUUUCCUCCUGCUGGCCGACUCCAACACAGCCAGAGGAAUAGAAACCUGUGGAGUCCUCUGUGGACGACUGACGCACAAUGAGUUCAUGCUGACUCAUGUCGUGAUCCCGAAACAGUCGGCCGGUCCAGACUUCUGCGACAUGGAGAACGUGGAGGAACUGUUCAGUUUCCAGGACCAACAGAACCUGCUGACGCUUGGCUGGAUCCAUACUCACCCCACUCAGACAGCCUUCCUCUCCAGCGUGGACCUUCACACUCACUGUUCUUAUCAGCUGAUGCUGCCAGAGGCCAUCGCCAUCGUCUGCGCUCCCAAACACAAUGACACUGGUGUGUUCAGGUUGACCGGUCCAGGGAUGUCGGAGGUUUCUGGCUGCAGACUGAAAGGUUUCCAUCCUCACUCCAAGGAGCCUCCUCUCUUCAGUGUGUGUAAACAUGUGGUGGUGAGGGACUCAAAGAUCAGCCUGCUGGACCUCAGGUGACAGACAGGAGGCGCUGUCCGUCUGUUUACUGCCAGGCUGUUUGUCUUUUACUUCUGAAGAGGGAACUGUGAACACUGCGUGUGUGUGUGUGUGUGUGUGUGUGUGUGUGUGUAUGUGUGUGUGUGUGUGUGUGUGUGUGUGUGUGUGUGUGUGUGUGUGUGUGUGUGUGUGUGUGUGUGUGUGAGAAUCAUGCUGUUUUUCAUUGUGUGAAGGGAAUUUAACUUUUUCAACAAAACACUCAUGUUCAGUUUUCAAAGGUUUUUGUGAAAUUUGUUCUGUGAAAUGUUUUGCUUUUGAAAUCAGCUGCUGGCUGUACAUAGAUAUAUAAAUCUCUAUUUUUUGCUUUGUCGUUGUGGCUCAGAGUUUCUCCAGCAGUGUAAUAUGUGGUGUGUUUUAAUGAAGAACAAAUAUGAAGUUUGUGUGACGGCUGAAGUGACAGAGUGCCUUCUUAUGAAACACUAACAUGUCUGUUAACAUAUCUGCUCUGUAAAUCACUUGUCAUGUGUUCUCCAUUGGUUUCAUGAUGGUUUCAUUUUGCAUUAAUUUGCCAAAUUUUUGUUAGGUGUUGGUCUGCGUAGAUGGAGACCUUAUUUUGAUACAGCCUAUCAAACCUUGCAUAAAGCAGUGAUGUCAGCAUUGUAUCCUAGGCAGGGCAGAUGGUCACACCGAGCCAAUCAGCAGCUUGUCCUGCACCUCCUCAACCAUAAAACAUUCACCAGGGAAAAGUGCACUGCUACAUUUUUUUACAGGCUACACAGCUAAUUAGCUGCUAAACACCAUAUAAACAUACCUGCUAAUGUUACUUGGCUCCAGUUACAUGAGUGAUGGGGACCUUUCUCCUGUUAAAGCCCAUAUCAAAAACAAUAUAUUUAAAAAACAUUAUUUGUAACUACAAAAAGGGCAAAAGGGGGUGACUAAAUGUGAUUUCAGUUGGAAGGGAUCUGUUUUAAUGGAAAUACAAAAUGAAUUCCUGGUUUUAUCAAGUGAAAAAUAGAUGUACAGAAAUGUAUUUUGUGGGAUCUGAUUCAGGCACAGUAGCAGCAUCAGAGCUGUUGUCAGGACCUGCAGACCUGGGCCCCCUACAGGCAAGAAAGGGAACUUUAAUAUAGGACCAUUCUGCUAAUUUUCCACUUACAUGCCAGUUUCUUGGCCCUGGUUAGUCCUCAAUCUGUGAAAUCAGAUGUGUAAAAUACCAUCUGCAUUACACUGGAGGAGUUUGAAAGACGUGGUUAUUUAUCAAGAGACUCUGAUGACUCUGUCCAGGGGGAUUAUGGGAAAUCAUGGGAAUAUGGGAAUCCGUUGUGUUUGGUCUGAUCUUAAAAAGUGGCUCCCUUUAAACUUUUUUUAUCAGACCAACAAGCUUGAUGCCUUUCAGCAAAAGUUGAUGCUUUUAAUGAAAAAUAUUCCGCUAAUGAGUGAUUUUUGUAGAUUUGAAGAGAUUUAUUUAUUUAGAAAUGAACCACAGUUGUGAAAAGGCAUAAAGCAUCCACAGCGACUUGAUUUUCAAAAUAAAAGCUGAGCAUGUUUCCCUGUAUUUUCAUCUCAGAGUCCACAAAACGGCCUCAUUUAGAAAUCGUUUUGAAAAAGUUUGUGCCCUGCAUACAUCUGAACACCAGUUUCCCUGCCGAUUGGGGAUGCAGAAUGGUGCGCUUCUGCAGCUGGACGAGUUUUCAGUUUGUGCACCAGCAAGUGUUGUAAUGUUCAGGUGUGUACGUGUGUGUGUGUGUGUGUGUGUGUGUGUGGAGAUAAUGUGUGUGUAUUUUGCAUAAGUUUAAGCAGUGUUUUCUAGUCGCAGCAACUGAACUGCUGUUUUUAAAGCUGACUGCCAUUUUUUGCCAUUUUUUUGGUAAUAAAACACCAA